AUGGACUCUUACAAGAUGUCUAAAGAAGGGGAAGGGCUACUCAAAGUGAAUCAAAUAAAUGGGGGCAUAGUUCUUCCUAUGGUCAUUAAAACCGCUAUCGAACUCGAUAUCUUUGAGACCAUGGCGAAGACUCCUGGGGGCCGCUUCUCUUGUUUUGAUCUCGCUUCUAGCCUCUCUAGACAAACCCACAAAACCCCGGUGUUAAUUGAACGGAUUCUUCGGUUUCUUGUUGGCCACUCGAUUCUUACAUCAACCGUGGUAAAGGAUGAACAUGGAGAUUCUAAGAACUUGUAUGGCAUGACAACGGUGUCGAAUUAUUAUGAUCAAAAACAAGAUGGAACAUCUCAUACUUCAACACUUCUCCAUAUCAACGAUAAAGUACUCGUUGAUUGUUGGUAUCAUCUCAAAGAUGUUGUUCUUGAGGGAGGGGUCCCAUUUGACAAGGCACAUGGGAUGAAUGCAUUUGAAUAUUCAACAAAAGACAAUAGAUAUAAUGAGAUAUUCAACAAGUGCAUGUAUGACAACACAACAAUUGUAAUGAAGAUGAUUCUUGAAAAGUACAAGGGAUUUGAAGGAGUCAAAGAAUUGACAGAUGUUGAUGGGGGUUUAGGUGCUAACCUUGGGCUUAUUGUUUCUAAGUACCCUAACAUUAAGGGGAUCAAUUUUGACCUACCCCAUGUCAUUAAGUAUGCACCUCCUUGCCCAGGUGUGGAGCAUGUCGGAGGAGAUAUGUUCCAAAAUGUUCCUAAAGGAGUUGUUAUUUUUACGAAGUGGAUACUUCAUGACUGGGGUGACAAUUAUUGCAUCAAGCUUCUAAAGAACUGUUGGGCGGCAUUACCGGAGCAUGGUAAGGUGGUGGUGGUAGAAGUGAUCAUUCCCGACCCUGAGAGUGAUAUUAGUUGUGGUGAUGAAGUUUCUAAAACUGCCAUCGGCAAUGAUAUGGUAAUGUUGAUUGCUAACCCAGGUGGCAAAGAGCGAACCGCAAAAGAAUACAACGUCUUGGCCAAAGAGGCCGGAUUCGCUUCUAUGAAAAUGGUUUGCGAGGUCUCUACUUUUUGGAUCAUGGAAUUCUACAAGAAUAUUUAA